CGAGGUUUACGUCAUCAGUCUGCGACACGUCAACAGGCAGAACUUUGCAUGAGCCAACAGUGUGUAAUUCAGCAGAAAGCGACUGGCACGUAUUUCUAGACAGAAAUUUUCAGUUUUUAACUAUUGCUGAUAUUAUUAAAGGUUUAAUAUUUGUACAUUUAAAACAUUUGUAGGUAAUUUGAUUCAGCAACGUCGCGGUGGGUUUGGUUCUGGCAGGUGACAGACAUCUGCGAACUGACUGGUCCUGUAAAAACAAUAUCUAUAGUAAACAGUGAUAAAGGUUUCGGGGUUUGUUUUGACCUUAAAGAGUUUUUGUCUCCAUUUUGGAUUUGAAAAUGAACGAAGAAGAACUGGUGGAGUACUUCAGGGCUCAGAUGAGGAAAGACCCGGACAUGGCCUCUGCCGUGGCAGCCAUCCGCACCCUGCUAGAGUUCCUCAAGAGAGACAAAGGUGAAACCAUCCUGGGUCUGAGGGAGAGCCUGACGUGGGCUACAGCCUGCCUGAAGGGAGAGGACUCCUCUGUGGCCGUGUCGUCUGGAGGAGAGCUGUUCCUGCGCUUCAUAAGCCUCACGUCCCUGGAGCAUCAGGAUUUGUCUCGCUGUAAGAAGGUGAUGGAGGAAAGAGGAGAACUAUUUCUAGAGAAGAUCUCCAUGUCCAGGAACAAAGUCGCUAAGCUCUGUCACACCUUCAUCAAAGACGGCGCUAAAAUCCUGACUCACUCGUACUCCAGGGUGGUCCUGCGGGUGCUGGAGAAAGCCGCGGCGGAGAAGAAGCGCUUCUCCGUUUAUGUGACCGAAUCGCAGCCUGACGCCGCAGGACGGCAGAUGGCAGAGGCCCUGAAGAAACUCAACGUUCCAGUAACAGUAGUGCUGGAUGCAGCUGUAGGGUAUGUGUUGGAGAAGGUGGACCUGGUCAUUGUGGGAGCAGAGGGAGUCGUCGAGAGCGGAGGGAUCAUCAACAAGAUCGGCACCUAUCAGAUGGCUCUGUGCUCCAAGGCUCACAACAAGCCCUUCUACGUCGUUGCAGAAAGUUUUAAAUUUGUUCGUCUGUAUCCGCUGAACCAACAGGACGUGCCCGAUAAGUUUAAGGUGCGGCUUCCUUAUUUUGUGUGUUGUGGUUUUUUUAAAAAUGAUUUUCCGUCCCUUUAUCCAGAUUUAUUGACUUGUGCUUCCUGCCCCGCACAGUACAAAGCCGACACCCUGAAGAGCAUCCGGAACCUGUCGGAGGAGCACCCGGUCAUCGACUACACGCCCCCCUCCCUCAUCACCCUGCUCUUCACAGACCUGGGGGUCCUCACCCCGUCGGCCGUCAGCGACGAACUCAUCAAACUGUAUUUAUAACUGCGUCCCUUCGCUAAGCAAUAAAACAGACGUUUAUGGUC